AUGCUGGGCGCCCCGCGCGUGCGAGCCCUCGUCGCGCAGGGGUCGGCUGUGCUGCGACGACCACUACCCGCAUCAUCUCCCUCGUACCAAAUCCGAAGCGUACGGCAUGGGAUAUCGCGAGGGAUAGCAGUCGAUAGCAAACCUUCGGUACGAUUACGAUUGCGGGCCGCUCCGCCGUCACUCACGAAACCGAUCGCGACGGUAAAAUCGGGGCCGUUCCUUCGCAGUGCCUUGCCUCGUAACGGGCUAUCACGUCAUGUGCUGGAACAGCGCAGAUUCAACAACUACUACCCCGGCCGCGGUCCCGAGAAGCCGCGGAUGGGUGAACCCCAACAGCGCUCGGAUGAUUGGUUGAAUCCCAAGCCGUUAAUCGAAUGGCGCGGCAUCCGCACCUUCCACAACAAGACCUUCUACCUCUUCGUAGCCGUAACCCUCGGCAGCGGGGCGAUCUACUACUUCGCGCAUCUCGAAACGGUGCCCGUGUCCGGGCGCACACGGUUCAACGCCUAUGGCCCCGAGCGGUUGCGCGAGGCGGGCGAGAUGGAGUUCAAGCGGGUGAUGUGGGAGCUGGAGAAGAAAGGCGUGCAGAUACUGCCGGACUGGGACCUGCGGACGGUGCGGGUGCGUCGGGUUAUGGCACGGUUGAUUCCGUUUAGUGGGAUGCAGGAUGAGGAUUGGGAAGUCUUCGUGGUCAACGACCCACGCAUGGCCAACGCGUUCGUCAUCCCGGGCGGCAAAGUUUUCGUCUUCAGCGGCAUCCUAAACCUCGCAAGGAACGACAGCGGCCUAGCGACCGUACUCAGCCACGAGAUUGCGCACAACCUAGCCGGCCACCACGGUGAGCGACUGAGCCAGGACUUUGGCACCAACAUUGUCACGUACGCGCUCAUCGUGCUCGGCGGGGCUUUCGGUCUGUCCCCGCUACUGAUCCAGCUGUUUGGCUCGAAGGUGUUGGAUCUCUCGUUUGGCUUGCCGAUGAGCCGGCUGCAGGAGAGUGAGGCGGAUUAUAUUGGGUUGAUGAUGAUGGCUGAGGCGUGUUAUGAUCCGCAUGAGGCGGCUGGGUUUUGGCAGAUGAUGGAGCGCGCGGAACGGGCGAAGGGGGGCGGGGAGGUGCCGGAGUGGAUGAGUACUCACCCUGCGAACGCGAACAGGAUCCAAAAGAUGCAGGAGUGGCUACCGCAGGCCCUGGAAAAGCGGUCGCAAAGUGACUGCAGCUCGACGACGGCGUUUGCGGACUUGUUCCGGCAUGCGCUGCGGACCGGGCAGAUCUUGGUGUUUUGA